AUGACAAUUGCAGCGACUGCCCCGCCGCUCAAUGGCGAGGUGGCGCCUCGUUCGCUCCGCACAAGUCCGCGCAAGAGGGCCCAGUCUCCGACCCGCGCAGACGCAUCAGCCAGUACAAGCACGCCGGCACAGCCCAAGCAGAAGAAGCCGCGUGCUCAGCCCGUAGACGAGUCCGAGCUCGAAUGUGCGGCGUGUCCGGCGCCGGGAGAGCCUGCACCCACGCCGGGCAAGGACGCCGCCUCGGACCGCGAGACGUGGAUCUGCUGCACGCAGUGCAAGACCUGGUUCCACUGCAUCUGCAUCGGCCUCGAGAAUCCGGACGACUACAGCAAGUGGUACUGCCAGCCGUGCAUCACUCGGUCCCAGCAGGCGUUCAACUCGGGCACCAGCACCUCCCGCCCACCCCUUGCCAACGUCGCGCGCCCGCCGCGCCGCAAGUCGCAUCGCGCCAAGCUCGAGGUCGACUAUGCUGCAAUCCAGGACGGCAUCCCUGCCGACCCGCUGGGUAGAUGGCGCAACUUUCUCGACACCUACGACUUUGAACCCGACCGCUUCCCGCGCAUGCAGGGUCACGAGUGGACGCUCGACUGGCUCUUGCAUGACGAGCAUGCCUUGCGACAACCGGUGCUCGUUCCAGCAUCCGAAACUCCCGCCUCCACGCCGGUCAAGCGCGAGAAUGACGAUGCAAAGGGCAAGAAAAAGGGCGGCGCACGGCUGGUGCCCAGGCCCACCUCGAUUCCCGGCAUGGUGGUGCCGCCUGCGGAAAUGACAAUUGGCGACAUUGCGGAUCUGAUCGGGCACGAUACGCCGGUCGAGGUGAUUGACGUUGCGUCGCAGUCGUCGAGCAAAGCGUCCUGGACCAUCUCGGAGUGGGCCGAGUACUUUGCGAUGCCCAAGCACAAAAAGAAGAAGACGCUCAACGUUAUCUCGCUCGAAGUGACGGGAACACCUUUGCAGGCGUACGUCGAGGCGCCGCAGCUCGUGCGCGACCUGGACUGGGUUACGCGCGACUGGCCCAGCGAGCGGCGCGAUGCGACGUGUGCAGACAACAGCUGGCCCAAAGUCCAGCGCUACGUGCUCAUGGGUGUCGAGGGCGCCUAUUCGGACUGGCACAUUGACUUUGCCGGCAGCAGCGUCUACUACCACGUCAUCUGGGGUCAAAAGACGUUCCUGUUUGCGCCGCCCACGCCGCGCAAUCUGGCGGCGUACAAGUCGUGGUGCAGCAGCACGCGGCAGGACUUUGACUGGCUCGGCGACCAUCUGCACGGCCUCACGCGCGUCGACAUUCGGCCGGGCGAGACCAUGCUCAUCCCCUCCGGAUGGCUCCACUGCGUCUACACGCCCCAGAACACGCUCGUCGUCGGCGGCAACUUUCUCACCGACUGGAACGUCGCCACCCAGUGGAAACUCGUUGGCAUCGAAGACGCAACCAAGGUUCCCAAGAAGUUUCGCUUCCCGCAUCUCAAGCGGCUUAGCUGGUACGUCGCCUCGGGCUGGAACCGGCGGCUCUCGGGCAUGGACCGCGACGAGACGGAUGAGGACAGGGAGCGAAUACUGUCCUCGGCCCAAGUGGAAGCGUUGGUGGAUGUGGUGCCUCCGAAAAAGGUGCUCGAGGGGAUCGAGCUGGUGUGCCAGUCGCUAGCCGAUGAUCUCGAGCUGAUGCAGGACGAGUUCAUCCUGGAGAGCGGCGACGAGCGUGCGGUCAAGCAGCAAAAGGCGGCGCGCGAGGCGGUACCCACGCAUCACGUGGGCAGCCUAGCCAAGGCAGAAGCCAUGCUGGGCGAGCUCAAGGAGAGGCUAGAGCGCGCAAUGCGUGUUGCAGAUCAAGUUGACGCUGCCCGACAAGGCUUGGCGUCCAAAGCCCGUCAAAACGGCAAUAGAGCGGCGUCCCCCAGGAAAGCGCGUCGAUAG